AUGGCGCUGCAAUCUGGCUGUGCGGACAUUAAUCGCGGGAGAAAACGCCCCGCAGAAACUGAUCCAGACAUCGACCACCAGCCUCUAGCUAAAAAGUUUAGUCAUUUACACUUAAGUAUCUCAACCCGAGAAAGGCUUGCUUCCUCUAGUGAUGGCGAUCAGAUGAUGCUGGAUGAUACCAAGCAUACAAUCUAUAUACAUGAUAUGGAUACAGAGCUAGCAGAUAUUGAAAACAUGGACAAUCAAGUCACAAUUCUCUCAGGGGUGGUGGACGCACUUUCAGCAGUUUCACGAAUGCUGGUGACCAACGACAAGGCUCAGUGUAAAGAGCUAGUACUUUACAGGGAGCCUACAUCACUCACAACUCCAGCAGAGAGUGAGAAUGUACGAAAGGCACUUAUUGCUACAAGGGAACGUGCUCGGAAAUCAUCACACUUAAAGCAUGAUCAUGAUUAUGUUAGCCCUUGUGAGUCACAUGUUGUGAGAUUCUGUGAGGGUAAGGGAGAUGCCGAUGCAGGCCAUUUGGCUUUUGGUGAAAAGAUGGAUAUUGAUGUAACAAAUCCAUUAUAG